UGCUUCUGUGUAACAACUUCAUCAUAGCAUAUGCCAACUAAUAGGUGAUAGUGGAAAUUGUUAUUCAGAAUCGAGUAUAAAAAUGAAAGGAGUAGCCAAGAAUAAAACGACGAGUGACCGACCAGAAGAGAUCAGAAGAAUUAAAAACAAGUGCAAAAAUGGAUAUGGUAAUUAUACUGCUGAUGGCCAUAACAAUGCAGGCAGCCCAAGUGCAUUUGUCCCAGUUUUAUAAUGAAGCACUUACUUCAAACUCAUGUGCAUCUUUAUCCAAAUACCGAUCACUGGCUCCAAACGCAAUGAUAGCAUUUCAAAAGCUAAGGGAUCAGUACGAGGCUACCUGCUCCACACCAAAGUGCAAAGGGAGAAGUUUUACAACCACUGCUGAGCUAAAGGAACUUAAGGUCUCAGAACGACUAAUUCUGGUGAAGAAGGAGUUUGAAGUGUUUACAAAUUCUCUGCAAAACAAUAGACGGUGGGAUACAACAAACACUCAGAUGGCAGUUGAAACUCUGAUGCAAAUUUCGACGGACUUAAAAGCCUGUGUGAAUUCUACUGCUAUAAAAUCAUACAGCAGAAACCUAAGAAGACAUUUGAGGAAACUUAAACUGUAUGAAAAGCCUUCAGAGUGCAGAAAAGCCAAAAUGUUUUCAAGCCUCCUGGAAUUAGUCAACGAGCAUCUCAAAUGUGUAGCAAAGCUGAAACUAUGCACUAAAUAA